AUGCGCGAGUGCAUAUCCAUCCAUGUUGGACAAGCCGGCGUGCAAAUCGGCAAUGCAUGCUGGGAACUGUACUGUCUGGAGCACGGCAUCCAGCCUGACGGACAGAUGCCUUCCGACAAGACCAUCGGCGGGGGCGACGACUCCUUCAACACUUUUUUCAGCGAAACUGGAGCUGGGAAACACGUACCCCGUGCCGUGUUUGUCGACCUGGAGCCUACCGUUGUGGAUGAAGUGCGCACUGGCACAUACCGUCAGCUGUUCCACCCAGAGCAGCUCAUCACCAGCAAGGAAGAUGCUGCCAACAACUACGCUCGUGGUCACUACACCAUCGGAAAGGAAAUCGUUGAUCUUGUGCUUGACAGGAUCCGCAAGCUCGCCGACCAGUGCACUGGUCUCCAGGGAUUCCUCAUCUUCCACUCCUUCGGUGGCGGCACUGGCUCAGGGUUUGCCUCUCUUCUCAUGGAGCGGCUCUCGGUCGACUACGGGAAGAAAUCCAAGCUGGAGUUUGCCAUCUACCCAGCUCCCCAGAUAUCCACCGCCGUCGUUGAGCCUUACAACGCCAUCCUGACCACCCACACCACUCUGGAGCACUCCGACUGUGCCUUCAUGGUGGACAACGAGGCCAUCUACGACAUCUGCCGCAGGAACCUCGACAUCGAGCGACCCACCUACACCAACCUCAACCGUCUCAUCGGCCAGAUCGUCUCCUCCAUUACUGCUUCUCUUCGCUUCGAUGGAGCCCUGAAUGUGGAUCUGACAGAGUUCCAGACCAACCUGGUGCCUUACCCUCGCAUUCACUUCCCCCUCGUCACAUACGCCCCUGUCAUUUCGGCCGAAAAAGCCUACCACGAGCAGCUCAGUGUGGCUGAAAUCACCAAUGCCUGCUUCGAGCCAGCCAACCAGAUGGUGAAGUGCGACCCUCGCCACGGCAAGUACAUGGCAUGCUGCAUGCUGUACCGUGGAGACGUGGUCCCCAAGGACGUCAACUCAGCCAUCGCAACCAUCAAGACAAAGCGCACCAUCCAGUUUGUGGACUGGUGUCCCACUGGCUUCAAGGUCGGCAUCAACUACCAGCCUCCCACCGUCGUUCCUGGAGGUGACCUGGCCAAGGUGCAGCGCGCAGUGUGCAUGUUGUCCAACACUACUGCCAUCGCCGAGGCCUGGGCUCGUCUCGACCACAAGUUCGACUUGAUGUACGCCAAACGUGCCUUCGUCCACUGGUACGUGGGAGAGGGUAUGGAGGAGGGAGAGUUCUCCGAGGCUCGCGAGGAUCUGGCUGCCCUCGAGAAAGACUACGAGGAAGUCGGUGUCGACUCAGUCGAGGCUGAGGGCGAAGAAGAGGGGGAAGAGUACUAA